AUGGUAGGAUUUAUGGAAAAUACCCUUACUUCAGAGGAAGAUAUUGAGCUUGAGGUUGUCACUACGAAUACUCGUAGGGAACCAGCAUCUCUGAAUAUCACGCUCCACUCAGGGCAGAUUGAAGAAGUUGUACUUGAAGAAAGGUCAUUUCGGAUUCAUAACAUUGCGGCGGCAUUACUGAACAUAGAUUCUAAGAAAAGCUUUAAAGGCAUACGGGUUGAUUCAAAUGCAACAAUCAGUGUAGUUGGAGUCAAUCGUGUUAAAACGGAUUCACAAAAUUCCAUGGAUUUAUUUGCUGGAGUCGAAUAUUCCUCUCUCGGGGCACAAUACUUCGCGGUGACGUCAUAUCAUUCUUCUGAGAUUCUUAUAAUAGGCACAACAGACAACACGCGUGUCACUGUAGCGCUUAGAACCGAUAGCAAGUACGUGGUGUACGAAGGCACAAACUACGAAAAUGCAGACAUCAUAAAUGAGACUGUUGAUGAAUUCAAUACUAUUCAAAUACAGAGUGCAGGGGACCUGACAGGAACAAAAAUUACAGCCACACACCCUAUCAGUGUCUUCAGUGGAAACAAAUGGUUUGGAUUUGAAUCAGGAUCAAGAAAAGGCUCAUAUCUAGUUGAGCAACUGCUUCCCCUAGAACAAUGGGGAACACGCUAUGUGGCUGUGCCACCAGAGGAAUUCAGCUACGUCUUCAAAAUUGUCGCAUGUGCGGACGACACUGAAAUUUAUUUAACUUGUGCUGAAGCAAAUAGUGAUCCUCUCAUUUUGAAGGAGAGCGGAGAUUUCUACAUGUCAGAUGAGUUAAAUCACGCAUGCGUAAUUACCUCUAGUAAACAAUUCCUAGUUGCAAUGAUAACUUCUCAUAUUUCAGAUAAAGACCCGUCCUUGAUUAUAGCACAGCCUAUGGAGACACUCCUGGCGGAUGUCUUCCUUUAUGUACCGACAAGUUUCCAAUCUGCUGAACUCAUGUUAAUAACAACGGAAAACCAGUCUUUACCAAUAUUAGAUCCGCAGCCCCUUGGAGUAGAAUUCUUUAGCAUCGACGAGGAGUUCUUCGGGAUGCGGAUUCGUGUCAGUGAAGGAGUGUCUGUUCUUGCUGCACCUCAGUCUUACAUGCAUGUGUCGGGGUACCUCCAUGGAACAAGAUACUUCGGCUGGGGGUUCGAGUCGUUCGGAUAUCCUUUGUUGCCAAAUGACUUUCAGGACCUUACUUUUUUCGGAUAUGGAAAGUACCAAUUUCAAGUGUUAUUUACUCAGGAAAACGGCUACAAACCUAAGAAACAGAUUUUCUUUGGGAACUUUGUUCAAGUGAAACAGCAGCUGAUAUCAUCAGCCGUCAACAACUGA